AAUAGUAUUAGCACCCACAACGUGCUAAAUCGCACCAUGGCACACACUAAUAUCCAAUGUCACAACAAUGUCACCCUCAAUAGUACAAGUGGUAAUAGUCAGAACUCGGCUAUCAACAACUCAGGGUCUUCAGAGUAUGGCACACAAACAAAUUUUGACCGGAUAUAUGGUACAAGUCUGCUGGGAACUAACCCACAAUGCAGUACACACGAAACCCACACAAGGACACAACUAGCAUCAAACAAUAGGUGGAAUAAUAAGCCAUGGUCAUCACAAGGAUCCAAUCAUUUUUUAUCCCCCGCGUCCCUGUCAGCGUUGAAAAAACAGCUGGUAGGGAUGUUAACACUCCUAAACCACUAGUGCUGGCUCCCUCCUUGCAUGAAAACAGGAACGGUCUAGUGCACCCGUAUCCAUUGGACACACUUGACACUUGCACAAGUAUAGGCCAAAUAAAGAACCCUACCCACUUCUGUAACCUAACUAAAAAUAA